GAUAAUAAUGAAUCAUUUCAAAAACAAUAUGAAAAUUUUACUUAAAUGAGUCACUUGACUGCCCCACAAAGAUUAUAUCAUAUGAUUCAUAUCUUUCUCUCUUUAAUAUCUCUAUAAAUACCUAAGUAUGUAACUAUGCAUAUAAAUAUACAAAACAUCUAAAUACCCAAAGACACAGGAAGAGCUAAACUGCUAUAUACUAACUAAGAUCAUUUCAUCAUCAUCAACACCACAAAUUUUCUUUUCUGUUUCUUAAAUCGAAUUAUUUGAUAAUAAUGUCUGGAAGAGGGAGAGUGAAAUCGGAGCCGAUGAAGGUUGUGUUCAUUAACACACAGUAUGUUGAGACAGAUGCUCGUAGCUUCAAGACCGUUGUUCAAGAACUCACCGGUAAGGACGCCAUCGUCGCCGCCGGUCCUUUUGAUUCCCCCUCUGCUACCGACGGCCGUUGUUAUGGUGGGGGUAGUAAAAUCGGGGAAGAUACCAGACAGCUCUACGGCGGUGGCGACGGAGGAGGAGGAGGACGAGUGGGGACGAUGACCGAGUUCGAUAGAUUAUUCAAAGAGAUGCCUCCCUUGGAAGAAUUGUAUAAACUAUGGUCAGAAAAUUGAGUCAUUAAUAAUUUAUGUGUGAAUGAUUUUAAAUCAUUCGUUUUCUUCCAAAAUCUUUCUUUUAUCUACUGAGAUAAUGUCGAUUGAUUGACUGAUCGAAUCACUAAUCUGGAUCGUCACUCUGAGAUUUGGUCCAAUUACGAAUGUUAUGUUUUGGAAAGUAUAAUAUGAGUUACAUUUCAGUACAGCCCAUGUCUCUGAAUUUUAAACGAGCUUAUAGCUUUCGUAUGUUGUUUAAAGGCCCAUGAAGCCCAAGUAUAUGCGUUUUUUGAUGUUGCUGGUCAGCCUA